UUGGCCCCUACCAGCUGUCGAUCGAUCAAAUGCAUGCAAGUUGGAGAGAUUGAGAUCAGUGAGGGGACUUCUGGUUUCGUUGCGGUUGAAAUUCAUGCGUCAGGAUGAGGGGUCGAGGUCGGUUUGCAAUGAGAACGAGUUCUAUGCCUCGUCUCAUGUCUUCCACGAGACAACUACUAGCCAUGAAAGCAAAAGAAGAAAUAUACAGAGGAAAUGGGUAGAUGGUGGAGUCCUUCAGGUUGCAACUGCGCAGAAGCUGGGGCAAAAAGGCCAUGAUGAAAGAACAGACAAAGAGGAGGAAGUUGAGUACAAAAGAAAACGUCCUUUAGUUGCAACAGUGCAGAAGAAGCUGAAGGAACUAUUGCUAACUGUCAUGGAAGUUGCUCCCAGAACAAGAAAUGUUCAAUACCUCAAGCUACAUAUUCAGCAUUUCAUUCAUACGACAGUCAUUCAUCACUAACACAGACUCAUCCAUGAUUCAACUCCUUAGAACAUCAAACUGAUGCAAUGUUCCCUCAACGUCAAAACUUCCACAACUCAACAUUCCAAUCAAGAGAAACACACAAA